AUUCCAUGGAAACUUGCUAACACGCAUGCGCAAGUUCUCCAUGCGGGAGAAUUUUCCCAGCAUUCAUUGCUGCUCCUGGUCAAGAUGGCGGCCGCCAUUUCGUGGGAAGAUGCAAGGGAUCAGUUGAAGAAGUGGAGAGAGGAGAGUGCAAGGCGGAGUGCUGAGACGUUGGAGUUGGGGGAGUUUGUUUUAACAAAUCACAGAGGGCUUGGUGAUGAAGUUUGGGCUGUCCACGAGCAGGUCUGCAUAGCUGCCCUUGACGUGGGCGACAUAGCGGAGGCAUCAUCUGCCAUCGAUGCAUUGAAGGCGCAAUUCCCACAGAGCAAGAGAGUCAAGAGAUUACAAGGCAUGAAAUUGGAAGCACAAGGAAGGUUUGAUGAUGCCAAACUAGUCUAUGAAGAGUUGUUAAAAGAAGAUUCUUCAAAUGCAAUGAUUAGGAAAAGGUUAGUCGCCAUCUUCAAAGCACAAGACAGAAUACCAGACGCUAUAAAAGAACUCAUGAAGUAUUUAGAGAGUUUUAUGGCGGACCACGAGGCAUGGUUAGAGUUGUCCGAGUUGUAUAUACAGGAACAACAUUAUAGUAAAGCGGCAUUUUGUUUGGAGGAACUUAUUAUGUCCAAUCCACACAAUCAUCUCUUUCACCAGAAGUACGCAGAGAUUCGCUACACUCAGGGAGGCACGGAAUCCAUGGAAAUUGCCAGGAAAUACUUUGCUCAGGCCGUCAAGCUGAACAGUAAUAACAUCAGAGCGCUGUAUGGAUUAUUCCUGGCUGCAACACACCUGGCUUCUUCACAGAAAGGCACCGCCAAGAGUAAAAAAGAUAACAUCAGAUAUGCUGCCUGGGCAUCACAACAACUGCAGCACAGAUACAGGCUCGCCGAGAGAAAAGAAUCUGAACCUCAAGUCCAGCACCUGGAAAAGAUGAUAGAUUCUUUACAGAUCACUGCCUCAUAACUUUCACAAAUUCAGUAGAUAGGUUGUAAUAUAAUUGAUAUCAUUGUUGCAAUUCAUGUAAAGGUUGAUUUUUUUUUAAAAUUUGUUUUUUUUUGUCCGGGAGUAUCACUUCUGAAACUUAAAAAAGAAAAAAACUUGUCUCAGAACUUUGGCUUGUAUUAUAUUUGAUUGCCCGUCACUGAAAAUGAACCUAUAUGAAUUUUUGAGCUUGUAGCCAGGGGCCUCAUUAAAUGGUUAAGAAUCUUAAUACCAAAGCUUUUGAGAAAGCCAAAGGCGUUAAAAUUCCAAAAUAAAACUUGGUGUAUUAUUCUAACCGACGACGGGUAAGAACUUCUUGAGUUUGGGUACUUCCCCCCCCCCCCCCUCCCCGACUUCCCCAGAGGUGACCGUGUUAAAAACAUCCUCUGUCAGUCUGAGAGAUAUAAUUUUUACACUAUAGUAUUAGUAGUGUCUAUAACUAAAUUAAGUUCCUUCUUUACACUCGUUUCUUGUCUUUGAGGAUA